AGUGAACAUAUCAAACUUCUACCCACAAAGUUUCCGUCUGAACUGGUUCAGAGGUUGACUAUAAAAGGUGGUGCUGGAGGACUUUAAAGCCACAUGCCUUAUUGUUUCCCCCCUCUGUACUAUCAUGAUACACACAGGCGCCAUUAUUUGCAUCCUUCUGCUGGCUCCCCUCCCUGAAUGUCUCCAUAUGUCAGGCGCUUCUGGGAGCAGCAUAGUUGGAGGCAAAGUUUCCAAGCCCCACUCCAGACCCUACAUGGCGUCCCUGCAGUACCAAGGAAAACAUUCAUGUGGUGGGAUUCUUAUUCAGAAGGAUUUUGUCCUUACUGCAGCACACUGCCAAGCUUCAGGUGUCAUGACGGUGGUUCUUGGAGCACAUGAUCUCAGCAAGAAGGAGAAAAGUCAGCAAAGGAUCAAAGUAGCAAAGUUCUGUCCACAUUCACGCUUCACUGGAAAUUUUGAUUUUGACAUCAUGCUGCUUAGGUUACAAAAUAAUGCCACAAAGAAUAAGUACGUGAAGCCUCUGGACCUGCCCAAGAAAGCCAAAAGCAUCUCUGCCAAACUCAGUUGUCUUGUUGCUGGCUGGGGAAAAACUGGACCCAGUGAGCCUGAGUCCAACGUCCUGAAAGAAGGGAAAGAAAAGACUCUGCCCAUCACUGAGUGUAAGAAUACUUGGGGAGACCAUUUCAUAUCAGAGCAAAUGAUUUGCACCAUAUUUAACAAGAAGGAUGGAGGAAUAUGCCAGGGUGAUUCUGGUGGACCUCUAAUUUGUAAAAACAAGCUGCAAGGCAUAACUGCUUUCACUGCCGACGGUCAAUGUGACAAUUCAGAUUAUCCUCAUGUCUUCACGAACAUUAGUUACUUUCUACCGUGGAUCAAGAAAAUGAUGCAGUCUAAAUCAUUAUGUCGCAUCGUCUGCAUCUUCAUGCUGGUCAUUCUCACUGAGGCUUCUGAAAGCGGCAUCUUCGGAGGUCGCAUUUCAAAGCCGCACUCCAGGCCCUACAUGGCUUCACUUCAGUACGGAACAGACCACAAGUGCGGCGGCAUUCUUAUUCGAAAGGACUUUGUUCUAACUGCGGCACACUGCUAUGUAACUCAAAGUGACCAAGUGGUACUGGGAGCCCAUGAUAUCAGUAAGAAGGAGGAAAGUCAGCAAAGGAUCAAAGUGGCAAAGUUCAUCAAGCAUCCAAAUUACAACGGAGGUGUUCACAAUGACAUUAUGUUGCUUAAGGGGGGCUCUGCAAGCCAGGCUCUUCAUCCUUUCUCUGCAACCAUGCUACAGGCUACUAGCAUCAUUUACGUCCUUCUGCUCGUCAACUUCAGUGGGGCAGCUGAGUAUGGCAUAACAGGUGGCAAAGUUGCAAAACCACAUUCCAGGCCCUACAUGGCGUCUCUCCAGAUUCAAGGACAUCAUGUAUGUGGUGGGAUGCUUAUUCGGAAGGACUAUGUUCUAACCGCAGCACACUGCAAAGACUGUUACAAAGACAUCACGGUCGUCCUUGGUGCUCAUAACAUCAGCAAGAAGGAGGAAAGCCAACAAAGGAUUAACGUGAAGAAGUACCAUGUACAUCCACAAUUUGAAGCCAACCAGUAUGAGUAUGACAUUAUGCUCCUUAAGUUGGAAAAAAAUGCCAAAGUCAACAACAAUGUAAAGACAAUUGAUUUAGCAACAAAAAACGAGGACAUUCCUGCCAACACAAAUUGUGAAGUGGCUGGCUGGGGAAAAACUGGACCAACCAAACCCAUUUCAGAUGUUCUGAUGGAGACCACAGAGAGUAUCCAAUUCAGCUUUGAGUGUAAACAUAUCUGGAAAACGUAUUUCAAUUCCACACAUAUGAUCUGCACCAAGUUCAACAAAAAGACGGGAGGAAUAUGUCAGGUAAUCAAGGAAUACAUACCAUGAAUGAAAAUAUGAAAAACAAAGCAUCUCACUGGAAAAGAAGAGCUGGUUCCUUGGAAAACCUAAUCAAGUCUUUUUCUCGUCUCUUUUAGGGAGAUUCUGGGGGACCUCUUAUUUGCAACAGCAGGGUUCAAGGAAUAGCUGCUUUUACUCUAGAAAAACAAUGUGAUGACCCAAAGCAUCCACAUGUUUU